AUGGAUAUUGAUAAUGAAAAAUCAAAUAAAACUUAUAAAUUAUAUAAACAAGUAUUUAAUAAUAAAUUUUUAUCAAAUUCAAUUUAUAGAAAUGUUUAUAAAUUUAAUCAACAAAUUACAGAUUGUUAUUCACAUGGAAGAUCAUUGUUUAAAUAUUGUGUAAACUAUCAAGAAGCAACACUUGAUUGGAUAAUUUCAAAUAAAAAAUAUUCAUUAUUAUUUGAUAAAAUUAAAUCAAAUCAUUGUUUUAAUAAAACUGAAUUAUCAUUUGACCAUUUAAUAAUAGUGAUUAAACAAAUAAUGAAUCUUGAAAAUGAUUGUAGUGCUAAUAAUAAUAAUAAUAAUAAUAAUAGUGGUGAAAAUGAUAAAGAAAAUAAAGAAACUAAUUUAGAAUUAUUAAAACAAUUUUUUAAAAUUAAUUCAAAUAAUUUAUUUAAUAUUAAAUUAAAUCAUCCAAAUUUAACAUAUUAUAGAGAUAUUAAUUUAAUAGAAUUUGCAAUACAUACACAAUAUAAUAAAAUAAUUUUUAAAAAUAAUGGUGGUGAUAAUGAUGAUGAUGAUUAUUUAGAUUUAUCAUUAAAAAUUGGAAAUUUAGAAAUAAUUAAAUUUAUUCAUAAAGAAAUGGGGAUAACAUGUUUUAAGGAUAAAUUAAAGGCAUUACAUUUUUCAUUAAUGUCUGAAAAUAGAAAUAAAGUAGUUGAAUAUCUAUUAGAUGAAAUUAAAUAUCAACCACCAACACUUUAUUCAGGUAUUUUUGAUAAAUUCUUUGAAAACCUAAUUCAACUUGAAUUUAAAUUAUUUAAAAGAUUAUAUCAACUUGGUUCACCAAUUUUAUAUCAUAGUUAUGCUAUACCAUAUCUAAUCAAUGAAAAAUUCAAUGAUACUUUAAAUGAUUCAAAAAUUAAUUUUAAAAAUAAAUUACUUGAUUUCAUUCAAUGUUCAAUUUUCGUUUGUAGUUUAGGUUAUUUUAAUGAUAAAUUUAAUAAAAAUAUUGAUUAUAAUUCAUUAUUAUUAAAAAUUGAAAAAAUAUUAAAUUCAAAUAAUUUAGAAACUACAUCAUCUUCUUCAUCAUCAUCAUCCAGUACUAUAUUUUCAAAAUUUAAAAAUAUAUUUAUUGAUUCAACAAAUAAUAAUAAUAAUAAAAAUAAUAAAAAUAAUAAUAAUAAUAAUAAUGAAAUUGAUUAUUUUAUUGAAAAAGAAAUAAAAAGAAUAUUUAUUUUUGAAUUUUUAGUACCAUUAGAUUUUAUAAAAAGGGAUGUACUUUGUAUGAAGGUUAUUGAUUUUGCAAGAGAAUAUGGUGAAUAUAAUUUGUUAACAAGUUCAUUAGAUAAAUUUAAAAAUCAAACUUCAAUAGUUGAUAUAUGUACUUCAAUUUUAAAGAUUGCAAAUUUUAAUUCUGAUUCAAAAUUAAUAAAUUUUCUUGAAAAUAAUUAUUUCAAUCAUAAAGAAUUAGUAUCAUUUUUAAAAAUUAAUGACAAAGUUGAUGAAGAUACAUCAUUAGUUUAUUAUAUAAGUAAUAUUAAUAAUUAUUAUAAUUUUGAUAAUAAUAAUAAUAAUAAUACAAACAUUAAUAAUAAUAAUAAUAAUAAAUUUGAAAAUUUAUUUGAUACAAAAAAAAUUAAAAUUCAAGAUCAAAUUCAAUAUUUAUCAAUAAUUUUAAAAAAUUCAAUAAAUUCUUUAAUACCAAAUAGAGUAUUAUUACAACAUAUUUUAUUAAAUAAUGAAAUUGGAAUUGUUUUUGAAAAUAUUGAACAAAUAAUGAAUGUAAUAAGUGGAUAUAAUUCAAAAAUAUGGAAUGAAUUUUCAGAAAUUUCAAAAAAGAAUUUAAAGAGUGAUAAUUUUGAAAUAGUAACCCCACCACUUGAUAGGCUAUUUAGUGCAGUUUUAUUUGUUGGGAAUAAAGAAUUGUUUAAAUUCAUUUUUAGGAAAUAUAAAGAUUAUUUUAAAUGGGAUUCUCAAAUUAUUGGUAUAAAAGUAGUAAGAAGUAAUGAUUUAGAUUUCAUUCAAUUCCUAUUUGAUAAUGAUAUUGGUAAUUUAAAAUUUUCAAUUAAUUUUUGUACAAAUAGGGUAUCGAUUAAAUAUAUGACUGAAACAUUGGGUCUAUAUUUUAGUGAGGAUUUAUUGGUUUCAAUUUGUGAGAAUCAAAAUAUUAAUAAUUGGAAUUCAAAUUAUAUUUUCAAUUAUAUUUUAAAUUUUAAAAUUAAUAAUUUAAAUCAUUAUCAAUAUGUCGUUAUUCCUCAAACUAUGAAAAAUUAUAAAUAUUGUAAAUCAAUUGAAAUUAAUAUAUGCAAUGGUAGUUUAUUAUCAGAGAGAGUUAAAAUAAUUAAUAAUUCUACUCAUUUCAAUAGAGAUACUAUGGAAAAAUGGUUUUUUGAAAAUACUAGAAAUAUUGCAAAAAUUAUUGCACUUGGUAAUUAUUAUCAUUUAGUUGAUUUACUCAAUGAAAUUGAACAAUAUUCAAACUCUUUUGUAGGUUGUAACCCAAAGUAUAUUUUUAAAAGAUCUUAUAAUAUUGCUCAUGUAGGAAUUGAAUAUAACCCAAAAAUAAAAAAUAUUAUAAAAUCAAUUUUAGAAUCUUUAAAUCAAAUUUCUAACAUUCAAUCCUGGUAA